AUGGGCGGUGGUGGGUCGCGGGGGCACGGCGUGGGGCCUCGGGGGUGGUGGCAAGGGCCUACGGGGCGGCAGCGGGCCGCGGGGGCACGGCGUGGGGUCUUGGGGGCGGUGGCGGGCCGCGGGGGCACGGCGUGGAGCCUCGGGGGCGGCAACAGGCCGCAGGGGCACGGCGUGGUGCCUCAGGGGCAGCGGCGGGGCCCGCGGGGCACUGCGUGGGGCCUGGGGGCGGCGGCGGGCCUCGGUGCCGCGGCGUGGGACCUCGGGGGCGGCGGCGGGGGCCCGCGGGGCGGCGACGGGCCUCGGGGCUGCGGCGUGGGAUCUCGGGGCGGCAGCGGGGUCCCACGGGGCGCCGGCGGGCCACGGUGCCGCAGCGUGGGACCGCGCUUGGGGGUGGCGGCGGGCCGCGCAGCAUCGGCGGGCCGCGGUGCAGAGGAGGGCCGCGCGGGGGCAGAGGGGCGCGGGGCAGAGGAGGGCUGCGCGGGGGCAGAGGGGCACGGGGGCGGCGGAGGCGGCGGCUGCGGGGCCGCGUGGGCCGCAGAUGGCAGGGUGAGUACAUAUGCAGUGAGCCUGUGA